GUUCGUUUCGUUCAUCUGUACGUUAUAAAAUCGUAAAAACUAUUAUUAUUUUUUGCGUUUUCCGUUCUUCAGUAAUCGUACGCGUUUGCUACUUUACAUUGAAGAUGUAUACGUUAUAUUGUUUUCAAUGGUAUUCAGUAGUCAUUACUACAGUAAUAGUAAUAUUUUUUAUUCUUUGCAAUAACGCACUAAAAAACUCGCAUCCAGAAAAUCAACAUGUUUUAUCCCAAGAACGCAACGAUAGUAAGUGAUACUGUGUAGCAGGAAUGGGCAACUGGCUACCCACGUACGAUUUUUCACUGGCUUCUGGCUCGUGGUACAUUUUCAAAUAUUACUAUCUAAAAUUUUAGGAUUUAUUUGUAUUUUAUUUUAUUAUGUUUAUAAAAACGAUAUAAUGUUUAUCGCAAAACGUAUAUAUGAAUAUACUUAUCUAGUAUAGUUAAAAAAAGUAUAAAUAAAAUAUAUAUACAUAUAUAAAAAUAAAAAAUAAAUAAAUGAAUAAAUGUGUUACGUUUUUCAUUUUGACUGUGAUAUACCUGAUGAUGAAUUUUUAAUUCGAAAAUGUUUAGGUCGUAUACUAGGUAGUUACUGAGGUAAUAUACUCAUCAUAAUACUCCAGACAUCAUAAACUCCGUUUAUUAAUUAAUUAAUUUUUUAUUAUAUUUAUUUACGAGUAUCAACCAAUUUAAUAAUUUCGUUUUUACUUUAUUGUUUUAUUACUUACCUAGUAUUAAACUGCAGCGUAAUUAUUAAUGACCAUUUUUCAACUGUCAGUUAAUUGUCCAGUUAACAAAUUUCAGAUUAAAACUAAAUGUAGAUUAGAAAAAUAAUGAUUUUAUCAAUUAUUUUUAUUCUGAGACUAACUAAUCAAGGAUUAACUAACUGAAGAUUAAUUCACUAUAAUAUACAUUACUCUUUGAUGUUAGUUACGUUGGUAAUAUGAACGUUAACGUCACCUUAUUCAAUUAGUGAGUUGUUUGUUAUGAAAACAGAAACGGUUGUAUCUGUUAUCAAAAAAUAUUUGGCACGCCAAAUCUAUUCUAUAAUUCUUAUAUAAUUUUACAUUUGUAGAAUUUUUUUUUUCUGUAAAAAUAAUAAUUCAGAACUAAAAUGAAUAUAUACAUUAUAUAUAUAAUAUAUUUGUAUGUAUAAUUUUUUAUUGUCUUAUAUUUUUUGUUAUAUUAUUCACAAUGCGUUUCAAAACAAAAUGAGAACGUUCUACCUAUUGUGUUGAUUGCGAAUUGGAACUUUUAACUACCCUGGUCGUUAUACAAAAAAUAUAAAUAAACAAAUACCACAUAAAUAGUUAAAUAUAAAAAAAAAAUGUCAAUUGUAAAUUUUAAAGUUCUAAAAAUUAGCCCUCUAGUAAUAUUGAGUUGCUCAUCACUGCUGUAUAGUAAUAUUAUACUUAUUAUUAAAAUUAUUACUAUUAUUACUAUCUUAUUACUAUAUUAUAUAUAAUAUUAUCUAAUAUUAGCAAUAACAUUUCAAACUAAUUUUUUUAAAUAUUUAUAAUUAUAUCCUCAAUAAUAAAAUGAUAAACGGCGUUAUUCAAUGCGAUUAGAAAUGACACCCCGUUUAAAACUAAAUCCGCAAGGCAAAAGUGAAUUUUUUUGUUUUACUUUUUAUAUAAAGUGGAUUAUACGAGUAGGUUGGCAAAAAAUAACUUAGCGCUUCGGCUGUUGUGUACUUGUAAUCGAUUUAUGAUUCCAAAUGAAAGAUAACAGAAUAAUUUUUUUUUAGCAAUGAUUGGUUUCGUUUGCACAUUCAAAAAUAUGAUUAAGUGCAAUAAUAAUUGUAUGUUUCAUUAUUGUUUUUGAGGACAUUCCGAAAAAACAGUACUAACCUCUUACUUUUUUUUUUUUAAUUUUAUGUAAAACGAGUAAUAUAUUGAAAAUAUUAUUGUGCAUAUUAUUUAUAAUACGACUUAACGUUUUUUUUUUUUUUUAUUAUUAUUAUUCUAUAUAGCUUGCAUGAGUAAGUGUACACUUAAUUUUAUACAUUCGACUGUUCGAGAUUUAACACGAAAUUAUUAUCUUUUGUUUGUUCUCUUAUAUGUCCUUCGGAUGUGAACCGAUUUAUUUAUAUUAUUUAUUGUUUUUCACCUAGUCUGUACUCCUAUGAGUUUACUUAUGUAAUAAUAAACAUUAAAAAAUGCAAUAUCUCCUUAUUUAUAAAUAAGUAUAAUAAGUACAAAAUAAAAUUACUUGUCUGUUUUCAGAUAUUAUAGUUUCCAUCGAUUUCAACUGCGACUACAAUAAUCCCAUAAAUAUUAAAACCUAUUUAGUCUUUAACUAUAAAAUACUAUAAAUAUAAAUCAACUACAUACAAAUAAUACUAAUUAAAUGUAUUGAAAAAUUAUAAUGAUUUUAUAAUACUUUAGGUUUAUUUUGCUUUAAUUAUUCUACACAAUAAAUUAUUUUUUCUAUGUUGAAUCUGGGUACAUUACUAAAUUAUAGGCCAUAGGUUAUGUUACCUACGUAAUCGUUUCAAAAAAUAAAGAAACGAAACAAAUCUACAAACAAAACCAGCAAAUUCCAUAAAAUUGAAGAACAAUAAAUAAUAUGGCCAACACGUUUUUGAUAUUUUCUAAACUAUAAUUUUUGUAACUUUUCAUCUUAAACAUGCCUAAUGUAUGAAUUUAAAGUAAAUAUAUUAUGUAUUUUAAAUUUUAUGUGGUUCAAACAUUUUAAUAAUUAAAUAUUACAUUAUGCAUUCCAAAAGAAAAUAAUCACUUACUUACAAUCUUAUUUUUAUGGUUUAACAGUGGAUAUACUACGAACGGGAUUUUCACGAAGUACGUUGUUGCUAAUAAAAUAAUUGAUAAGAACAUUGAUAUAUUUUAUAUUUUAUGCGAUGAAAGUUAUUAUUUGUUGUGGGAAGUGUCACCCGAGGUAACCCAAAAGUCGUCACAAUUUUCGUUAUCAUUUAUAUUUGAUAAUUAUAUAGAAAUGAUCAUUAAUCAUAUAUCAGAUAUUACGGCAUUUACUUUCUCGUUUUGGCCCGAUAUACGAUAGGCAAACGAAUGAAUGGAGAAAACUUCAUAACGUGGAACUCCAAGGAGUUUUCCAGAGGCCGAAUAUAGUUAGAGAGAUCGCCUAGUUAGAGAGAAAACUAAGUUGGGAAGGACAUGCUUGGCGCAAACAGGAUACUUUGGUAAAAUGGGUGAUCGAGGAACAGCCUAAUGGAAAAAGACCACUAGGUAGACCUAAGUUAAGAUGGGAAGAUGGUGUGAAGAGAAAAGUGGAAAAGAUAGAGCCUGGUGUCAAAUGGAGAGAAGUAGCGGAGGACAGGGAUAGGUGGCAAAGUUUAGCGUUUUCAGGAUGGUCUUAAGGACCAUAAUUAAAAGAAGAAGAAGAAGAUAAAACAUUUAACAUUUCAUUUUAUAAGAAUCGAUUUCCACAUUGGAUUUUUUAAUUUUUCACGUCCUACCCGUUUUAUGAAAAUUAGCAGUGCUUAGAUAAAAUAAAUUCCAAAAGAAACCCGUUCCAGGAACGUUUCUUUUUUUGAGAAACAUCAUGGGGAACGAAUUCCUUUUUCGAAUAAAUUAGAUAAACACUAAAUAUCAGCUACUGCAGUACUAUACUAUACAUUAUUUUAAGUUAAAAAUAUACAACGAAAAAUAAAAACACUUUGAUAUCGGAACACUUACUGUCAUUUCCAAAUUGAUCGUACCUCUUUUUCCAUAAUUUGUGUGAACAACAAAUGCGAACACGAUUUUGUAAUGUUUGUACAUAGUGUCGGAUUUGGAUGUUUUUGUUGUAUUCGUCUAAACGUUGAAUUUUUAAACUAAAUAAUAUAACUGUUUUUUCAACGGUAAAGACUAAGAUCGAAUUGCGGGCGGUGACUGAACGCACAACGUUCCUUGUCGGAUAUUUAAAGGGUACGGGGCGUAGUGUUUACAUUCAAACACAGUGUUCCGCACCCCAUGCUGUAUCAUUUGUUUUCCUCUAUAGAGGAGGACCCUUCCUAUGUCCCAGUAUUUACGACUAAUGAGCCCCUUAUGAGAAUGAUGAGGAUUGCCAAUGCUAAACCUUACUUUUCUCUAUAUUAAUUAAUUAUAUUGCGUUACCUUAUUAUUUUUUGUUAAUUUUAGUUUUAUUGGUAAUUUUAAUCAUUGGACGAACAACUCGUACUUUAAAUAAAUAAAUAAGUACAUAUAUAAAUAAAACUUAAUACAUUAUAUGAAAUUUGUAUUGCCUUGUUAUUUUUAAUAAUUCUUUAUAUAAACAUAUUUUACGUCCAAAUAGUAUAAUAUACUUUUUAUAGAUUUAUAAAAAGUAUAUAUAAUAAAAAUUAAUACCUAUAUUAAAUAAACUUAAAAAUACUUGAUAAAAAUGAAAAUAAACAAUUUUCUUGACUUGAAUUCGCAGAAAAGGUAAAUUUUUAAAUUAAAUUAUUAAAUUCUUUAAACGUCGAUUUCUAUUUAGGUACCAUCAUAUAAAAAUACAACUGAUUGAAUAAAUUGUUUAGAAUAUUUAAGAAUUGUUAAUUGUAAAUAUUAGCAAUUUUUAUAAAACCACGAACGCCUAAUCUUAACACAAAAUACAUAAGUUUGCUAAUACGUAAUAUUAAAAUAUAAAAAAUAUAAACAAAAUACGGGUUAUUUUAUUUCUACCAUCAAAAUAAGACACAAAUAUUUAUAAUAAUAAUAUUAUUAUUUUUAGAUGAAGGUACAAACAACUGCAUUUACGCUCGUUUUUUACGUAAGUCACAAUUCAAAAUAAUUAGGUAGCAUAAUUAAUAACUAAAGUAACUAAAAGACUUUUUUCACUCAAUCCCUUGUUAUCAAGUUAACGCAGAAAUAAAAAAACAAAAACAACAAAAAAAAAAAAACUAGAUGUGAAAUGCUGAAAAUAUUAAUAAACGUUUGCAGAAAUCCCCUGACACCAAUACCUUCUUUUUCUUUUAUUUGAUAGCCAUCCCUAAAAUAAAAGUAUAUAAGUGAUUUUCGAGAAAAAAACAAAUUCUUUAUAAAAUUAAUAAUAGCUUAUUUAUUAUAAAUAAAAUCUAAAAUUAAUAAAAAUGUAUUAUUUUAUGCCUAAAUUCUAAUUACAUAAAAUAUUGUGCAUACAAUUAUUUUAAUAACGGAUUGUAUUUAGUGUUUUAGUCAAUGUUUACAUUGGUUACUUAUACUGAAUGUUUCACUUAAAUGGUAACAAAAUGAAUACUUCAGCCAGAAGGAAUGAGAUCGAUGUAGUGAUUUUUUUAUUUAGGAAUAUACUAGUGAUGAGCCAACACCAAAAUACACAUCUUGUACCUGUUUUCAAAAUUUAACUCUUAUGGUUAGCGCAUACGCAAUAAAACUUUCGUUCUCUAAACAUUUUUAAUACCAAAUUCGAAUAUCCCUAUUGUUUUCCCAAGUAAUAUUGACUUUUUACUUUGAUUAUAUCUGAAAAAUUGCAUGAGAUAUAGCCAUCUAAAAUUCAGUAGUAUGAUUUUUUUACAAUUUUUUAAAAAAAUUAAAACUUAUGAUUUUAAAAGUAAACAAAAUUGACUAAUGCUUUACCGGGAAAAACUGUAAUCACAUAUAAGUAAACAUAAUCACAAAACUACACAGGCCUACUCGUAUAUUCAUUUUAAAUCAUACAUGUUUUAUAAACUUUAGAUGACUGUUUUACAGGUGAUUUUUUGGAUAGAAAAAAUUGUAUGUUAAGAUUAUUUGAAAAAAUUGGAAUAUUCGAAUCCGGCGUUUCCUUUUACAAAAUUGUUAAUUUUAUCGCGCAUCUGCACUGAAAGGAUUAACAUUUUUAAACUAAGAUCAAAAUGUGUAUUUUGAAACUCGUGUUGAUUGAGUGAAACAUUGUUCACUCAGUAUUAUUUUUCAUUAGUUAUUAAUUAUUAUAUAUUUACGAGUAUAUUCAAUUGAACAUUUAACAUUUUUAAAACGGCCGGGACGGCACUAGCACUACAGUAUUCUCUCACGACGAUAAUACUACGGGAGACGACGGCAAAUUUAUCUUAUUGUGUUUCGAUGGUACAUUAAUAAUAACAAUAUACUUGACCGCUGGUACCGCAAAUAUUAAAAGUCGACAACCCCUAUCUCCUUGAAAACACCUGUUUUCGAUUUAAGUCUAUCCGGCUGGAAUAUAUCGUGCAACCAUUUAAAUAAAACACGCUGUAUACGCGUUUGUAAAUUUGUCAAUAGAAACAAUACUAUUACGGUGUAAAAUUGCGCUUUUGUUGUUUUAACAUUUUAGCUAUUCCUGCAAUAAAUAUAACGAUGACAGACAGUAAGUUUUUUUGUUCGUUUUAUUUAAAAAUUAUUAUUACCCAUAUUCUUACGUACUUUGUUUUCCAAAAUAUGACGUCCAUAAGAAUACUUCAUUAAAAAACAACAUUGUCCUGAUCCGAAAAAUCGGUUCUUAGUGAGCGUAGGUUGUGUAUACAAUUUUCGGAGGAAUCACUGGACGGGUUUAGAAUUAUUAGUCAGUGAUAGUUGGGUGGGAUUAAAUUUAAAUUUAAAAAUUUAAACUUCCGAGUCGGCAGUUUAGUUAAUAGCAUAAUUUUUAAAUCAGUAUCACCGUUUUUAAUGAAAUCGUAAUCACGGUUAUUUUAUUAUUAAUGGGUGAGUAAAAAUAUUUUUCGAAUUUAUUAAGUUUGGUGCUUGUAUUUUUAAGUCGGCAAUUAUUUUUAUCUUGCCCCUCUAUCGAUUAAGCGUGUUCACUCCGCAAGACGUGCUCAGUUUAUUGGGGUUUAUUAAACAUGACACCAAAACAAUAGAAUAAUAUAUGUUGACAUUUAAUAUAAAAAACUUUAAUAUUAUUUUCAGAUUAUGGUUUUUAUUAUGCAAGAUUCCUUUCUACGUAUUUCGGUAAGUAUUAUUCGUACAACCGUACGUGAGUGUCCCUUUUAAACAAUUGUAUAGGUUAUUGUAUGAAGGACAGUGGCGUGGAACUAAUUUUUUGUUUGCGAGACAAUAAACAUUAAUUUAUACCCACCUACUUCUACACAGUAUUAAACUUAAGUCGUAGAGAUCAUAGCCCACCACAUCAACUACCAAUUUCUUAAACUAUAAAUUAUUUUUUCCACAAAUUAUUUUAUUAACUGAAUAAUGUUUACAUUUUUGCAUCAUUUAAUAUUUUAAUGAAUAAAUAGGUACUUUAAUUUUUCAUUAACAUAGAAGGUAUUUAUAAUAUGGUCAUUAGAAAUCUAUAUUGACAUAUGACAUACAUAGGAUUAUAUUGGUUAUACUUGUGUUUUUGUACGAUUUUAUUUAAAUUUUUUGUUUGUGUUGGGAAACAACUUUUCUACCAGAAAUCUUGCUCCGGUAUAGAAAAUGUAAUACUUUUUCUAAAAUCUGAUUUUGUGUAAUUUGUGUAUUUAAGACGUCAAUUUUUUAAUUUUCUUAGGGGUUUUCAAAAUAAUUUGGUAAAACCUGAAUGAAAAUUACAGGUAAAACGGUAAAUAUUUACUACGCGCCAUGUUGUUACCGAUUUCAUUAUUUUAAAUUUUAAAUUUAAACACGAUAUUUUCUAUCAGAAAUAUUGCUCUAAUAAAAAAACAACCAGAGACCUUAUUUGUUGAAUUCUUAAUUUGGUUGGGCGAUUAGAUCAUUUUUUUAUUUUCUGUGUAGUUUUUUAAUAAUUGAGAAAAUCGAAAAAAAAAUUGUAGAAAGAACGGGAAAAAUUAAUAAAAUAAUAAUGCUUUAAUUAUUUUCAAUCUUGUUUUUUUUUUUUGUGAUUCAAUUAAAAAUAUUCAUAGAGACUUCAAAUUUAGACAGAGAACUUAUGUUUGCCUUUUUUAAAAGUAGUAAAUUUUUAAAAAUUUAUGAGCCAUUUUUGAACUAUUAUAAACGUUAUGAUUUUGGGAGUUUUUUACGUAAUUUGUAUUCGGUAGAUAAUUAUUUUGAUAAACUAGUUUGACCUAACAAAAAUACUUGAAAAUUUCGUAGAAGGUCUAUUAUAAGUUGUACUUAAUGGCCAAUAAGAAAAAGUUAAGUUUAAUGUAACUUCAUUUUUUUAAAAGAAUUUGAACAAACAAUUUUGAAGAAAAUCGUAAAAAAUACCUAAGGUCUUUCAAAACAUGUUUAACAGAACUUUGUUCAGAAUAGUUUUUCUUUAGCAAUUAUUAAUCGUUGCGUAUAGAUAUACAUUAAAUUCUCACCUACAAUAGUGGCCUACCCAUCUUGUGAACUGAGAAGCAUCAAGUAUGUCCGUCUUUUUCAAUAUAAAUAUAUUUUUAUUGUUUUUCGUUUGAUUAGCAUAAUAUUUUUUUAUCUUCUAAAUGUAUACAAAAUUAUAUUAUUCUUUUACAACAAACAUUUAUAGGUAAUCUCAGAUAUAACUAAAAAUAGUUAAAUAAUAACAAUACUAUCGUGUAUGUUUUCACUCUGUAUAGUCUGCGUAUAACACCGUGAGUUAGCUGUAACCGCUAUUGUAAUUUGUUUAUAAAUGUAUUAGGUACAAUUUAUUUAUUUAUUUAGAUUAUUUAUCGUAAAACUAUUAAUUAAGUAGUUAUAGUUAUAGUUAAAUAGUUAUCUGCUGUUACUAAUGCAAUUUAAACACGUUACGGUAGUUUAGGUAUAGACUAGUUGGCAUCAUUUGUAAUAUUAUGUUUAUUGCUUAUAUUGAUUACUACUACUAUACAUUGAUUUCGGCCCAUAUAUGUGUUUGUAAUAAAUGUAAAAACGUGUACGUACCGUGUAUGUAUCAUAAUAGUCAUUUUUAUCCAUUUUUUUUUUGUUUUUAGAUAAAAAAAGUGAGUCGUUAACAUUGUUAUUUAGCACGCAUUUUUACGAAAUAAAAGUAUAAUAACGUUAUUUAUAAAAUUCAAUAAAAAACGAUCUCAUUUUUCUCAAAACUUUGAGAGAGCUACAAAACUGUUAUAUACGAUUUAUGUAACUAAUUUCUUAAUUUAUUAAAAACUUAAAUAAUUACGCGAAUCACGAUGUAUGGAUCGUAUUUAUGGAAAACUACUUGAUUUCAUUGGAAUUCAUUAUACUGUACAGCGCAGAGCUGAAAAACAUUGAAAAAGGCUCAGUUUACCUAACAUUCUACAGAUAGCUGCAGCUAAUACCGAUUUUAGGAUUUGCUUGUCUCAUGUUUUCUUGAUAAUCGUAAUUGUGAUACGCUUAUUAAAGGAUUGCUAUCGAAAUUUUAAAUAAUAAGGUAUUGUCAAAUUUUGCCAAAACGUGAAAUAUCGGGUGUUGCAUCUUGAAGUCACUAUUAGAUAAGUACCUAAUCUAUUUUAUGUGUACUUUUAUAGUUUGUGCACUAGACAAAAGAAGUUGGUGUAUAGUGUAUGGUAAAUAUAAUAUAUUAAUGUUAUUAGCCUAUGUUUUUCUCGGUAGAUUUCUAUAAUUUGUAUUAGAAUAUUUUUUUUAAAAUUACCUAAAAUGUGUACCUAGUACUUACCUUUGUAGAUUAUAAUUUAUAACAUAAUCUAUAAUUUAUUAUGGAUAUUAAACAAAAUAAAAAAUUAAAACCCUAUGUAUACAUUAUAAUAGCAGUACUAACUGUAUUAUCUGGCAGUAUUUGCAUAUAAUUAUUUUAAAUUAAGUUAAAUUUAUCAAAAUGUAUUAAAAGUGUAUUAUUUACUAUUAUCAAUGCAAUAUUGUUUCGCAGUAAUCGAUUUUGCUAGUGUUUUGGUCAGGUGCAUAUGAGUAUACGAUUUUUGCAGAGCUAUCACGGGAACAGGCCACAUAGAAUCAUUUCAAUAAUAUUGUCCAUGAAUAACCUUUCUUCCCUUCUAGUUAUGUCCCUAUAUAUAUAUAUAUAUAUAUAGUAACUCUCCUUAACCACUUUUCAUGAAACCCGGCAUCAAAUUUAAAAACACGGGGGUCUCUAUUCGUAUAUUUAAUAUAUAUAGGAUGAGUUUGCAAUACAUUCGUUCGUCGUUUUUUUGUACAUGUCUCUUAAAUUUCUACUAAGGAUUUUCCCGAGAGUUUGAAAUGUUUUUUCGGUAUAAAAGUAGCAUGUGUCACCUUCUACUUUUACAAAUGUUUCAGCUCUCCUGCUAUCCCUAUAAAUCACGCCAAUCCGUUGGUAUAUGGUGACGUAGCGUUCUUUCGUUUCAACAUUACCUAAUUCAUUUUACACUACAAACAAAAAAUUUUCCUAUGGGAAUGAGAUGUUUAUUUGAAGUAAAAAAUAGCCAAUGUAAUUUCAAAUAUCCUUAAGUAUAAAAAAUCAUGACAAUCGAUCGCUUCGUUGUGACGUGAAAAAAAGAACAAAGAAACAAAAUUUCGCUUGUACAAUAUUAGGAUAAAAGUAUUAUGCUUGUAAUGUAUAAAUUAUAUUAUUUUAUUUUAUCAAUUAAUUCAGGAUCCAAAUCCGAAUUAGAAGGUCAGUGAAAAAUCGUUCGAUACAUAAUUUGAUAUCUAUCUAUAUUAUACAAUAUACAUGUAAAUCAUGGACGUAAAUAGGGUCCUCAAAUAAAUAGAGUUUGCGUCCAAAAGGACCACUGGCCUAAAUAAUAAUAAAAAAUGAAAAUCUAUUUAUAGGUCAACAAAUACCAAACAAUCAAAACAUUGGUUUAUUAUAUACAUAUAUUUUAUACGUGAUGAAUUUAUAAUAUUUAUAUUAUAUUUGGACGACGCGCCCGCAUGGCUGCACGAGGAUAAAUUUGAGUAGCACUAUCACAGGCCGUUAUAGGUAAUAGAACAUCGACUAAUCAUAGUUUUUAAAACAUUGGAACUAGUUAUGGGCACUACCGAGUGAAAACUAUCGAACUACUCGAUAGUUUCACACUAUUAGUUUACUCGGUGGUAUUUAAGAAUUACCGCCUAUUGAAACUAUUACCUAUAUACUAUCGGACUAUCAAGAAGUCCAGUCUAUUGAUAAUACGUAUUGCGUCGAAAAAAAUACUCUGUUGUUUUUAAACCAUUGAUAGUCAAAACUAGUUAGAACUGUUAAUAAAUGAAAACUAUCGACUAAUUCGUUUGAUAGUUUUCAAAACAAUCGAUGCAUACAAAUAUCUAUUCAAUCGAUAAAUCACUUGGUUUUUUUUUUUUUAAACUACCGAUUGAUAAUUGUUAGUCGAAACUAGUCAAAUUCGCUCAUCCUUAAUUGGAAUAUUAUAACGAAAAUCCAAUAAAAACCCAUAUUAGUUAUUACCAAUGAUGAUAAAAACUAUAAAAUUCUACAUAAAUAUUACUAUUGGUUAUAAAUAUUAUAAAUGUGGAUUAUAUUUAUCAAAAUAAAGAUUACCUGUAUACUAAAAUACCUUAGGGGGGGAGCUUGACAUGGUUAGGGAGGACAAAGCCCUCUUAACCCCCCCCCCCUAUUUACGUCCAUCAUGUUAAUAGUAAUUUCUAUAAGGUUAAAUAACAUAUUAUUUUAAAUCAUUAUAUGUAGUUGAUAAUAUCGUUAUAUUUAGUUAACACAAAGUAAUUUAUCUUGAAUUUAUUAUUGUAGACUGCUUAGUAAGCGCUGUGGGUAAGAACUAUAAAUUAAUAAACUCAUUUAUUUUAUAACUUGACCGCAAUUUAACAUUCAAACUUGAAAACCGUUACAGAAUAUUUUUUCGCAUCAUAAUUUAUUCAGAUUAAAAAUAAGUCUUUAGUAAUAUAGUAGUAUGCUACUAGAUAAAUUACCUAUUUUGUGUUUUAGUCAAAUGUAUGUUUUCAAUUUACUCUUUGGAAAUUCAAAUUGGGAAACAAAACAAUUUAAUAUUAUUUUGACCGCAUAAACUAUAAUAUACUAGUUAAACUGAUCACUCUGCCCUUGUAUUUAACUGUAAUUAACGUAAUUUUCAUCAAACAGCAUCGGAAGAACAUCACGAACAUGAUGUUCAUGACACUAAAAUAGGUAAGUAUAUAAUAUUUUAUAUUAUUCACAUGUUCGAUAAUGAUAUGUAUUGUUGGGUCAGUUAAUUCGUUGAAAAUAGUACAAAAUAUAUAUAUAUAAUACCUUGUUGUUUUCUCUGCAAAUCGAUUAUCUAAUUUUCAAAUAUUAAUUUAGGCGAACAAAAAAAAUCGGAAGGAAUACUGCAGAAAAUUAAAAGAUUUGUCAACCCUCAUGCUAAUAAUGAUGUAUCAACAAAUUACGUUUCCAAACAAAAACAUCAACAAUACUAUCAAGGUGAAUAAUUUUUUUGUGAUAUUUUUACAAAUACAAUAUCUCUUACAUGAGUUUCGAUUUAGAAAUUUUCUUUCUAAAAUUUUAAAUUCCGUGUUAGACGGAGUGAGAGUUUUUAUACACUGAUAAGUGUUUAAUAUUAUAUUUGUGUUUUUUUCUCAAUAUAUAUUAUGUAUGUCGAAUUUUAUAUUUUUAUUUCUUUGCUAUAAGCAAACAUUUUUUUAAGCUUACAAAGCUUCAAACAAUACCGGUCGUCAUUGUUAUGUACCUAUAUUAUUUAAGUUAUUUGAAUUUGUCAACUUAUUCAGUUUAAAUUGCUAAAUUAAAUCGAUACACGGAUAAACUAAAAAAACUAACACGAAGGGCUUUAAUCGAAUGUCGAAUACUCUACUUGGAUCGCAAUGAUUUAUCGUCACUUUGAAAGCUUAAAAAAAAAUAAAAUACAAUUUACCUCCUUAUUGCAUAUUACCUCACUAACUUGUUUCGUUUUACAGGCUAUGGUACUGAUGGAAAGGGGUCAUCAGACGAAAGUACAGAAGGUAAGUUUUUUUAGUUACAAUAAUUAAUUGAACAUAAUCAUAUGACAAACACAAUACAACUUAUUGAAUAUUAUAUCCAACGAAAAAAUUAGAUUAACCUAUGCGACCAUGCCUUAUAAUCGCAUUAUUCCUUAUCGAUUUUUUUUCGUUUCAAUUUUAUAAUAGACUAUUAUGAUGCUGAGCGCCACGAACAAAUAGGUGAGUUUUUUUUAUUAUCAUAUGGUAAAUGGGAGGUAUCCAUUGUUAUCAAUCAGAGAAGAAUACUGAUAGGCAUCGGCAUUUUUAUUUUAUUUAACCUAUAUACAUACAUAAUCAGUACAAUCAUACAUCAGUUCCUCGCAUACAACCACUGCUUUUGACACGUUUCGCUAACGUCACUCCGUUAUCUUAUGAACUUAUACUCAUUACCGUCGUUUGUGUCUCGUGUUUUUAUUUUCAAUAAUAACUGUUAUUCAUAAUCAUAUUAUUAGUAUUAUUAUUUCAAUUUAAUAAAUAUUUAAAAUGGAUAACAAACUCGGCGAAAUUAUCAAAUCUUUUAAUGACUUCAAGAAAUCCCAUAAUAAACUUGUUUCUUUGGUAAACUCCAAUACGGAUAAACUAUCAAAUAUAGUAUCGAUGGUCGACAACCUCACUCAACGCUUGGGUUUAUUGUCGACAGAUAACGAAUCUUUAAAACAUAGAGUUUUGCCUCUGGAAAACAAUGUCAAAUCUAUGGAACAAACUAAUUCUACCCUACUAAUUGAUAAUAACCUUAUAAAUGAAAUAAUACAUAAAAAAGCUAAACAAAAUAUUUACUUUUCAACUUAAUCGAAGCUGCUCCGAUUUUAGAUUCUUAUUCUAGUGAUAUAUCUACUAUUCAUGAAAUAUUUAAGUAUUUACAACUGGUUAACCAAAUAGCCUAUAUUUCUCGUCUGGGUAAUACUUCAACUCCAUCUAAUAGACCAAAGCCUCUAAAAAUCAUUUUCCAAAAUCAUAAGAAUGUCUUUCGAAUUUUUCAAUCCAAAAUAAAUUGAAAUUUUCGGAAAAUUUGUAAGACCUUCGUUUUGCUUCAAAUUAAAUCAAAUGCAACGUGAUUUUAUAUCCAGGUUACGAGCUAAAAUUCUCCACAGGCGAUUAAACGGUGAACCAAACUUAAUAAUAAAAUACUUUAAAGGCACGCCGUACUCCAUCUGUUAAAUAUAGUUAGUUUACAGUUUACACUUUCCGAUUGAUAUGAAUAAUAUACCUAUAAUUUAUUCAUCAAUUAAGUAUAAUAUUUAAAUUUCCAUUACCCGAAAUGUAGGUAUCAAAUAUCAAUUAUGUAUGAACAUGAUUAUUUAUUGGUUUAAUAGUUUAUUUCAACAACAAUAACAAUAUUUAUAUCGUUUAUGUUUAGACUUUGAUCACGAAUAUGACGAGUAUCUCAAAAGUUUUACAAGUAAGUCAUUUUAUCAUGUAAUUAAACGCCAUUCAAUACCUAUAAUAUUUAGGUAGGUAUAUCUACCGACAAUAUCAAAAUAUAUUUCACAUUCAAUUGUUUUAUUUUAUAGCUGUAGGUCCACGUAAGUAUAUAUCAUAAUAAAUAAUACCGAUGAUCAGAAAAAAAACCUCUUUUGAAAAAAUAAAUGUUUACUUUCGUACUUAUUAUAGCUACGGACGACAUAUUACGGCCAGAUGGUUUUUGUAAUCGAGGUAAAUCAACAUGAAUUAAUAUAUGAAUAAUACCAAUUUAAAAUGUAUAUUUUUGUUGAAAAAAUUAUACAUUUUUUUUAAGUAAAUUAAUUCAGCCACAGUGUCAAAGCAAAAGUUUAUAUUAUGUACGUACUACGAUGCUUGGAUGUAACUACGUUCGGUGUUCGGUCAUCAUUUGAGUUUAUUUCCAAUAAUACUUAUUAUGAAUUUACUUUAAUUAUUAUGUAUUACUAUAUAGUUAUUCUUCUUCUUAGUUGAUGGCCUUCAAGAUCAAAAUGAAAAACCCAAGCUAUACCAUCUCACCUUAUCCUACACUAGAACUCGCCAAUCAGCAUCCGGUUCAUCCCGCUCUACAUCUUUCGACACCUGGUCCUCCCAGUUCAGCCUUGAUCUACCAAGUGGUCUUACGCCUUCUAGAGAGCCACAUAAUACUUUAUGUAUAAGGGCUCUUUCUUCUCGCUAUGCGUGGCCAGCCCAAAAGAGCAGCCUCUUUCUAUCUCGUCGACUAUAUUUGGUUUCUGAUAUAAUUCCCUAAUCUCCACAUUAUGUCUGAUUCUCCACUCUCAUGUAUUUCUAUCUAUUCAAGGGUCAAAAACAGUUGUACCUUUAGGUUCCUUACUAUAUAGUUAUGAUAUAUUAUUAAAAUACGAACAAUUAUAAUUUACCAUAUUAUAUAUUUCUCUAAAAUUUACCAAAAAUUAUUACAUUAAACUUCAAAAAUAAAAUAAAUUUCUAAAAUUGUAUUAAAUUUGCUUAAGUUAAAAUAUAGGUAUGAGUACUUAAUUACAUUCCAUCAUUUUUAAUACAUAUUUGACAUAAAAUUCACUUAUUUAAAAUUAAGAUAAUUAGAAAAUAACGAGAGAAAUAAAAAUAAGUGAAUUUUAUGUCGUACAAAUAUUAAACGUGUGUAAUAUGUACCUAUAAUAUUGUAAAAAAUAAUAUUCCUACUUUUUUUUAAAUUUUCUCUUAUAGAAUGUACAAGUAAGAAUUAUUAUGAAUUAAUAUUAUUGUAAACCUAAAUAUAAUUUUAAUUUGUAUGAUAAUGUGUCACCUAUCGCCUAACUUAUAUGCUUUAAUAAAUCUAAACAUUUUAGAAUGGUUUAUUAUACCAUUACCAUUAUACUAAUUAUAUAUUUAUAUGGAAUAUGUUGCGGGUACGUUUAUAGACAUCAAGUUUUUAAAAAUUCUACUACUAAAGACUGUAAAAAUUCAGGAUUUGAAAAAUUCGUUAGGUGCAUUUGUAUUCACAUUCAUUGAAUUCAAAAUCAAAUGCAUUCGUAUUCAAAAUUCAAUUUUUUUUAAAAAAGAAUGUAUUCUAAGUAAUAUACAAGUAUAUUACUCGUAGAAAUUUGGUUCAUAAUUCAUAUAUUUUAAAACUUUUUUUUAUUUUACUCAUUCUCCAUAAAUAAAUCCAUUAUUUUCUAAACUUUCCAAUUUUCCGUUAAACUAGUUUAUCUAUUUACGUCACAUUACAAAUAUUAUUAUUAUAUUCAACUAGAUACACACAAAAAAAAAAAUACCUAUCAGUUUUUGUAAUAACUAACGACACUUUUUUUUUUAAUAUAUGACUAGAAAGAUUUAUUUAAUCUGUAACAGGUACAGGGUACCGUACUAGGUCCAAUAUUAUUUAAAACAUACAUUAAUGGACUUCUUAAUCAAAAAACUCCUGGAAAGAUUACAUGUUUUGUUGACGAUAUAGUCAUCUUAUUAAAAAGUUCAUGUAUAGAUAAUUUAUAUAUAAUGGCUAAGGAUAGUUUUAACGUUAUUAAAAAUUGGCUAGAUAAUAAUUUACUUAAGAUAAAUAGAGAAAAAACUAAUUAUAUUCACUUUGGUAUUCAAAAAUCUAAACAUUUAGAUAAGUAUAAAAUAAUUGCUCAAUGCUCAUACUAAUCAGCAGUAAUUUAAAAACUAAUGUAUGCAAAUGCAGUGAACUCAAUAGAGUUAGCUCUAUUUAAUACCUUGGUUUAUUAAUUGAUGAACAAUUAAAAUAGGAUGUACACAUAAAUUAUAUUAAUAAUUUACUGAGAAAAUUUUCCUAUGUAUAUAAAUCUGACGAUCUUUUUUACGUUUCUUUUUUUUUUAAUAUCUAAAUACAAAUAGCUAUAUUAGCUAUAUUAUUAUAUAAAAUUUAAAUCUUAUUAUAUGUAUCAGCUCUAGGUCAAAGUCUAAUGCAUAGAUUAGGUUAAACUUAGCCUUUUCUAUGCUUUAGCUUUUUAAAAUGAAACUAUUCAUUACAGCAUGUAAUAUAUUAUAUACUAUCAGUGUUUUUCUAUUAUUAUUAUUUACUAUUAUUUUCUUAUAAAUUUUGUUCUAAUUCUUAUGACUACUUGUAUCACAAAUUCUCUCUUUUCAACACAAGCUAGCGUUUUAAAAGAGAACCAAAGCCUUAAAUAUUCUUUGUAUAUCAAUAUUAUUUAUCUUGUAAUUAGUGUCAAAUAAAUAUUAUUAUUAUUAUUAUUAUUAUUAUUAUUAUUAUAUUUCAUAAAUAUUUAAUUUUAUUUAAGUAUACAGUAUAUCUAGUUAUUUAAAUUACAAUUUUUCAAUGGAACAUUUUAACAGGAGAAUUGAAAGAGGCGGGAUUCGAUAUCGGUUAGUAUAUUUACUAUUUACCUAUUUUAUUUAUAAUAGGUAGAUAUGAUGUUUUAAAUAUAAUAUCGAUAAAAAUAUAUUUUUUUUUAAGAUGGUAAUACGAAACAUAAUAAAGACACAAUGAAAAAAAAAUGUAAGCAAUAAUUGACAAUUUGUAGACAAUUAACGAUUAUAUCUAUGCAAAUGCACUAUAUAUUUUCUUUGAUAAUAUUUUUUAAUAUUGUAUAUACUUUCCAGGUUUAUCUUGUUUUUACCAUGUUUUCCCCCUUUUUUUGGGAAAACUUUUGUUAAAAUCAAAAAAUGAUCUCCCUAAAGUACCACCCCAGUCAGAUUUUCUUUUAUUCAUUAUAAAUCAGAGCAAAAUUGCAGGUAGAAAAUUUGUUCACUGGGAAAACAAGCCGUAAUGUUUUACUAAUAAUUACAUUUCAUACAUUUUCUCGUUUUUCUUCAGUUUUUCCCGGUUUUUCUUAUUUAUUGGGAAAACUCCUAGGAAAAUUUUUUGGAUAACUUUUCUACUAGAAGACUUGCUUCUAUUUCACGUGUAGCAACUUUUCUGAAAGCAAAUCGAUGUGGAGAGAUACUUUAAAUAGGUCAUUUUUUCAAAUUUCUCGGAGUUCUCUCAACAAAUGUGAAAAACCGAAAAAAAAAAAAAAAAAAAAACUGGAAAAUGUACGAAAUAUACUUGUAUAACGUUACGAUUUUUUUUUUUUGGGGACAACUUUUUUAUGAACAAUUUUAUAAUGCAUUUUUUAAUAAGCAAACUUAUAAUGAUAGCAAUUUUUCUAAAAGGAAAUUUUACUGAUGAGUUACUUUAGAAAGGUCGUUUUUCGAUUUUCUCCGGAGUUUUUUCAGCAAAUGUGAAAAACUGGGAAAAACGUAAGAAAUUCGGGAAAAUUGGUACAGCAUUAAAUAAAAAUUAUUAAAGAAAAUAUAUAGAACCUACUUAAUUAUUUUACUAUAAUAUGGCAUAAAUAUUGUUGAAAAAGCAUUGUUAUCAACUGAACUCCGCUCAGAAUCUUUUUUUCGUAAGCAAUGUUUUAUCCUUGCUUACAGGUAUACAUUAAAUUACCUAAAACAGUGACUCGUCUCUAUUAUCUUAGGAUGUCUUUUUUUUAGUAAUAUAAGUUGAAAAAUUGAUUUUUGCCAAAAUAUGGAGAUGUCUGAUUAUGGCCACCAAAACUUCAAUUUUAAAAAGACAUCCUAAGAUAAUGAGGACGAGUGCAGCCACUGUUAUAAAUAAUUUAUCGUAUAUCUCUAAGCAACGAUAAACCAUUGCUAACAAAAAAAACAAUUAUAAGCGGAGUCAGUAUCAGCUCCAAAAUCACCAGUAUCAGCACUGUUUUUUUUUUGGUUUUUAAAAUUUGAUGAGAAAACUCUUGAGAAAAUCAAAAAAUGACUUCCCUAAAGUACCUCAUCGAUUUUCUUUCAAAAAAGAGGCUACACUUAGAAAUCUGAUGAAGUAUUCUGGUAGAAAAGUUUCUCACAGAUAAAAAAAAAUAAACAUUUUUGUAUAACUAUAACCAUUUCGCUUCUUUUAGAAUCUAAAAUUGACCAUUUUUUUCAUAAAUAACUGAUUCAACACUUUAACUGUAACAGAUUUAUUAAUUAUUACAUUUUGAAAUAUACAUUCUUGUAUUCCACGAUGUUUCAAAGAGUAUUAAAUAUUUUAGUGUGAAAAUAUUUUAUAAUAUUACAGUAUUAGAUAAUAUUAUUAUUACCUAAUAAAAAUGUUAUCAAAAUUUAUCAGUCAAAAAUCAAAGACCAUGCAAUUUAAGUGAGUCUAUUUUUUAUACAUAUAAACUAUACUACUUAUAUAUGCCUACUGAAAAUUUUGUAGAUAAAACGUAUUUAUGAAAUUAUAAAUGUACAAAAAAUUACCUAUGUUUUAAAUUAAAUUGUGCAAUAUUUAGAAUAAAUUGAAUUUUAAAUACUUAAGUUGAUAAAUGACAUCAUUAUUGGUUGAGCAGUGGAUAUCGAACACAAUUUAAUUACUCGUGCUGAUGUAAAAUGGAAUUUGGCAUUUCAAUCGAAGUGUAGAAUAUUAUAGACCUAGGGUAAUAAGCUUACAGUAAGCUAACUCUGCUUGAUAAUUUUACAGAAAAUUGGAGUUUUUUUUUUUUUUUAAUUUCCUUUCUUCAAAGUUUAAGAAGGAAAUGCAUUGAAUUUUUAAUAAAUAUAAUUAUAAUAUAAUGUUUUAAGUAAGUAGGUUUAAUUUUUAUGGUAUUUUUAAAAGAUAUUUGAAUACUUGACCGGAAGAAAUUCCAUUAAAUAAGGCCACAAAUUCACAUACCUAUUGAUAAUGUAGGUACAUUGUUUUUAUGUUCAAAAUAAUUACGGCAUGGCAAUUAAAAAAAAAAAAAUAAAAAACCAUAUACUUAAUGGAAAUUUUGAUAAAUAUUUAUUUAGUAUUCGGAACUUCAUAAAUACAAUAACAUAUUUAAAAUCCUAAAGUUUGAAUAUUCAUUUAAAUAAGUUCCUGGUUUGAAAUCUCAACUUUAAUCUAAAUUUUUUUCCUACACUAUAUAAUGCAGUAUGCUAUUAAAUUGAUAACAAAUGUAUAAAUAAUAAUUAAUAAUGCAUAACAGAAAAUUGUCUCGAUAAUUUGGUAAAAUAUCAAAUAAAUAAAUAUAAAGAAAAAUCUUAGCCUGAAAUAUUUUAAAAGGUUAUAUCGGUCUUAUGUGUACUUACGACCGCAGUUUUGAUUUAAAAAAAAACAAUGAUCAUCGGGUCUCAGCAUCACAAAGCCGGAAAAAAAAAACCCAUUUAUUUAUUUUAUUGUUAUAUUUUCAAGUUUUAGCCUCUAAAAUAAUUUUUUUUUAACAAAUUUAUAUUUAAAUAAUAUAAAUAUAAUAUACAUUUUAUAUUCUUAAUUUAUAAUUAUGUUUAAAUUAAAGUAGUUAUAUUUUAUUGAUUAUUAAUUAUUAUUAACAAUCGUUAAAAUUUGUUUAGCCUCGGCUGAUUUUGGUGGUAUCGGCAUUGGUUCUGUUCUCAGAAUACGCGAAUACCCAGGUGGUCCAAGUAAGUUGCUAUGAGAUCAUUUCUUAUGAAAGUUACUCAUUGAGGUAAGCUAGUGUGACCAAUCAUCUUAUAUUUAAUUUUUAAAUAAUAUUGAAUUUACUUUUAUAUAAGUCAGUUUUUGGUUUGGAAGGUUUUUUACCUUCAAAUGUAUAAAAUUAUAAUAUAUUAUUGUGUUUUUUUGAAUUUUAGUUGUAAAACAAUUUCACAAACCUGAAAGUAAGUUUUUUCAUAAUGUACCUAAUACAUUUUACAUACGACCUACCCAAUAUAAUAUUAGGUUAUUAUUUGCUACAAUAUUUCAUUUCAAAUAAGGUCAAAGGCGAAUUUAGAUUUAAUACAAAUAAAUAAAUGAUACACCAACAAUAGUUUAACAUUAAAUAAUAACAAAUCUGUAUUUAUUCCUUUCUCUUUAACUAACGUAUAUUCUCCGAAUGAAAUAGUGUUAAAAUCUCGCAUUAAUAACUAAGAGUUUUGCAACAAAUAUUUUAUGAAUAUUAAAAUAGUACACUUCAUUAAAUACAUAGGCGUACUAUUUGACGAGCACCUAAAACGGAUACCUCACAUUCAUAAUGUGAUUGCACGGACAAUGAAAUGUUUUUAUUUGCUUAGAGAAUUACGCAGUAUUGUUGAUAUCAAUGCCGGCAGAAUAAUAUAUCUCGCAUUAUUUAAAUCUAUAUUAACUUAUGGACUAAUUGUGUGUGGGUCCGCAUUUACAGUAAUGCAUUAGAACCGCUAAAUUUUGCUCACAGAAUUCUUAUUAGAAUUAUACUAAAACAAUAUUACGAACAAAGUUAUAAUACUGUCGAUUUAUUCAGAAUGCUAGAAAUAUUAAUUCUGGAGCAAUUAUACGAAAAAAAAUGCCGAUUAUAGAAAUACAUAAAAAAAACAAAUUUUAAAAUUCAAAAUAGUAAAAAUACAAGUAAUACUGCUAACCAAUUCUUAUUAAUAAAUAAUUUUAACACAAUCCUAAUGCAAUAUUUUUAUAUAUUAAGAGGAUUAAACUUAUUUAACAAUUUAAAUACAAACUAAAUUUAAGUUCAAAUGUAGAAUUUAAAAAAGUAUAUUAUGCAAUUAUUUCAUUCAAGAGCCAAAUAUGAGUUACAACAAUCCUUCAUUCCUUCAACAUGUUAUUAUUAAUGUUUAUCAAAAAUUUAUUUUUUUUAUUUAAUCUGUUAUAUUAACUUUAAUUUUACCAUAUAUAUUAUAUUUAUAUUUAUCAUUGCUUAGUAAUAAUCAUAUCUCCCUAUCUCUAACACAAGCUGUAUAGCUUACAGAAGGUAGGUAAAUCAAAUCUGUACUUAUAUGAUAAAUAUUUAAUAAGUUCUUAUAUUUAUUUGUUUGAUUAUGAAAGAAAAAAAAAAUAUCAUUUUUAGAAACUAGGAAUUUGAUGUACCUAAGCACGUUUUUUUAUACUUUAAGUAUAUAGUAAGGAAUGUAUUUUUUUCUUUUAUAAAUGCAGUCUUAGUAGAAUUAAAAACAGUUUACUCAUUCAAAAUGGUUUUAAAAAUUAUACGAACUAUAAUAUUACUAGUUGUUAUAGGUAAAUAUUAUGACAUUCAAAGUUGAUCAACAUGACUAUAGUAAAUAUUAAUCAUAGGUCAUAGGGUACCGACUUAAUUCUGCAGGCACGUACACAGGAGGGUUUUCAAAGAUUUGAUCCCCUCCUUCAUCCUUUAAGCAAAUUCAUAAGUACGUUUUUUUUAGUUAUUCCAACCUAAUUUUAUAUUCUUGCCAUUUUUUGUUUAUAGGUUAUGUUGACAGAUUUGGAAUUCAAAUUUUGAUACAAAGUAUAAGUAAAUAUAAGUUAAUAAUAAAUAUGAGCAAUGCGAUUGUAGUAGAUGAUAAAUUUGACUGUACAUGAUAUGGUAUGAACAAUUAGAUAUUGGUGAACGAAUUUCGAUAUAAUAUUAUCAUCUUUAUUUCGUAAUUAAAUGUCCAAGAAUCUAUAAUAUAAUAUUAUCAAAAUAAUAUUGUUAUAAUACUUAACAAAUAUAUAGAAAUUACGUUAUAAUAUUCAUAUACCUAAUAUCUAGGUAUUUAUUUAUAUAUAGAAAUGUGAAAUGGAAAUCUUUGUCACGCAUGUUUUCUGAAAUUAUUACUAGACCAAUUUUUACUCGGUUAUUCGUAAGAUGAUCCGCAUUAUCCGGAGAAGGUUUAAACUAUUGAAAUCGUCGAUCUGACCAAUAGAAGUAGUAAACCUAAACCACAGUAGGUUGGGCCAGUUACAAAAUAAUAAUUUAUAUGUAUUUUUCAUUGCCUAUAAGCAAUCAUAUAACUAAUUCAUAUAAGUUUGAAAUGAAAAUUAAAGAAAAAGUAUUUUCAAACAUUUAAAGCCUUAAGGGCAAUAACGGUUAAGUUCAGUAAUAUUAAUGGGGAUUAAAACAGGAAACUAGUGGGUUAAGUCAACAACGACGGUUAUACCACCGCUGUGCAGCUAAAUAAAAGGCUAAAAAGUUUUUAACUCGCUACGAGUUUACUUGGGUUAAAAUGAGAAAGAAAACGACGAUUAUAAUUUUUUUUUUUUAUUUACUUAUAGUAACUUAACACCAAGAUAAGCAUUUAUUGUGUGAGCAAAGCUGAACGUUUAAGCUAGUUUUUAUAUGUUUGUAAUUAUUUAUUUAUUUUUUUAUUUGAAUUAAAGCUAGGCCAAUAGAAAAUGGUAAACAAUGGUGCGAUAAUUUAGAAAAUCAUAUUUACAAAGACCACUCAAGAAUUCCAAUUUUGCCUUGGAUGUUAAUUGAAGAAAAGCUUCCAGGUAUGACUGAAUCUCAUAGUCUUGAUCCUAUGCAUAAUAUGGCUGGUCAUAUACCUUAA